AUGGGGAACAGAUUGGGAGGCAGAAAAACAGCCAAGGUGAUGAAGAUAGACAGCCAGACAUUCAAGUUAAAGACACCAGUGCGAGUGUGGGAGACAGUCAAGGACUACCCAGGUCAUGUUUUGAUAGAAUCAGAAGCCUUCAAGCAUUUUGGAAUUCGAGCAAAGCCAUUAGAACCACAAAGGGAAUUGAAGCCAAAGAAGCUUUAUUUUCUCUUGGAAAUUCCCAAGCAUUCAGGAGACAGGACAGUGAGGAGGGUUCAGUCAGGUAUCAAUAUGAAUGCAGUUGACCGACUUCAGAGCCUCAUGUUGUCCCGGAGGUCAGUCUCAGACCUUUCCACCAUCAAACAGACAACAAGCAUCAGACCAUUAAAUUGUGGUGCAAUUCGGGUGCAACUGAGGCUGCCAAAGUCACAGUUGAUGAAAUUAAUCCAGGAGAGCAAGGAUAAUGAAGAGGCAGCCGAGAAGAUAAUGGAUCUUUGCAUGGAAAAGGCCAGCAAUAAUAUUCAUGGAGCUGCAUCAAGUAACAACGUUGAGGGCCAUGGUCUAGGGCAGCAGCAAGGGAAUUGGAAGCCUGGACUUGGUAUCACAAGAGAAAGUUACAACUUGCCUGGAUGA